AUGUCUCACUGGAGAGUGUGUCGCUGUGUGAGGGAGGGGCCCCUGGGAGCCCGCCACAGCAGCAGUGUGGUGCAGCACACAGAGAGCAGUGUGGUGCGGCCCUUCUCUGAGAUCCCAGGUUUGUGGAAGAACUCUGUGGCAAAUCUCUACAACUUCUGGAAACAAGACGGAUUCAAAAACCUGCACCGCAUCAUGGUCCAGAACUUCAACACGUUUGGACCCAUUUACAGAGAGAAGAUCGGGUACUACGACAGCGUGAACAUCAUCAAACCGGAGGACGCCGCGGUUCUGUUCAAAGCCGAAGGUCACUAUCCCCGACGGCUGAACGUGGAGCCGUGGACCGCGUACCGAGACUACCGGAACCGGAAGUACGGGGUCCUGCUCAAGAGCGGAGAGGACUGGCGUUCCAACCGUGUCAUUCUCAACAAAGAAGUCAUCGCUCCGAAGGUUCAGGAAAACUUCAUCCCUUUGCUCGACGAAGUGGGAGAAGACUUUGUUGCCAGAGUUCACAAAAAAAUCAGCCGAAGUGGUCAGAACAAAUGGACCACGGAGCUGUCCCACGAGCUCUUCAAGUACGCUCUGGAAUCGGUGGGGGCGGUGCUGUACGGGGAGCGCCUGGGACUCCUGCUGGACUACAUAGAUCCGGACGCGCAGCACUUUAUCGACUGCAUCACGCGCAUGUUUAAGACCACCUCCCCCAUGCUCUACGUGCCCCCGGGGCUGCUGCGGAGGCUGGGGCACCAUGUGUGGAAGGACCAUGUGGAGGCCUGGGACGGCAUCUUCAACCAGGCCGACCGGUGCAUCCAGAACAUCUACAGAAGCCUCCGUCAGGACGCAGCGCCGCCUCAGACCUACCCCGGGGUCCUGGCCCGUCUGCUGCUGCUGGACAAGCUCUCCAUCGAGGACAUCAAGGCCAGCGUCACGGAGCUCAUGGCCGGAGGCGUCGACACGACGUCCAUCACUCUGCUGUGGACUCUGUAUGAAUUGGCCCGACAGCCGAACCUGCAGGAGGAGCUGAGGGCGGAGGUGGUCCAGGCCCGAGCGGAGAACCAGGGCAACAUGCAGGAAACGCUCAAACACAUCCCUCUGGUGAAAGGAGCCAUCAAAGAGACGCUCCGGUUGCACCCGGUCGCUGUCAGUCUGCAGCGGUACAUCACCGAGGACAUCAUCAUCCAGAAGUACCACAUCCCGGCCGGGACCCUGGUGCAGCUGGGACUCUUCGCGAUGGGCCGCGACCCCAAAGUCUUCCCGCGGCCGGAGCAGUACCAGCCGUCGCGCUGGCUCCGCACCGAGAACCAGUACUUCCGGAGUCUGGGCUUCGGCUUCGGGCCCCGUCAGUGUCUGGGACGAAGGAUCGCAGAGACAGAGAUGCAGAUCUUCCUCAUCCACAUGCUGGAGAACUUUAAAGUGGAGAAGCAGCGUCACCUCGAGGCACAAAGCACUUUUGAGCUGAUCCUGGUCCCAGACAAACCCAUCGUCUUCACUCUCAGGCCUCUUCACGGAUAA